AAAAACUUCAAGACGCAAAUAAAUUGCGAAAACCCCAAAAUCCAAAUCGGCGCUCCUGAUUUUCCGUCGCUGAACUCUGGGGAACUGAAAGUAGUGCUUCGUGUUCCUCAUCAUCGAAGACCCUUGAUCCGAAUUAUUUACAUCGUGAUUUCUGUUUGCUGUAUUAAGUUUUGGACUGGAAAAUCCAUUGGGUUCCUGGGGAAUUCUAGGGUUCUUACUGUCGAAGAACUGAAGUGAAAUGACCCUUUAAUCUCCAAUCAGAUGAUGUUUUCAUUUGAUUCAACGGAAUCGGACAAGGAGAUCAAAUGAUCGAAGGAUUGGUUCGAAGAGUACAAGUUAAACUCGAAGCUACUGUGUUCUUGGUUUCAGUGAAGAUGAGACUGAUUUGAGGUCUUCAAAGUUGUGUCCAAGGUUUUUGGGGUUUGGAGACAAUUGGUUUCACUACUACUGUGAUUCCUUGAAUAAGAGCUGUUAUUAGGGUUUUGUAUAGUUAGAGACAAAGAUGCAUGGUAGACAACGCAAUGUUGGAAAUGGGUACAGAUCUGGUUCGAUUGGAAUGGGGAUGUCUGGCUCUAGAAUUUCCCCUGACCGUCCUAUGAGAGGUCAUGGGUUCUAUGGUUCGGACCACCAGCACCGUGGGUUUAACCGUGGAUAUGGACGAGGCAGAGGACGCUCUAAAUCAUACCAUAAUCAGCUGCCUCCGCCUCUGCCUCCGCCUCUGCCUCCUCCACCGAUGCAACGUAGAAGCGGUGGCGAUAGCGGCGGCGUUUUCAUGGAGGCAGGUCGUCUAGCAGUAGAGUACUUGGUUUCUCAGGGUGUUCUACCACAAACUGUGCUUUCCAGCAAAUGGCAAAAUGGUAACUUCAGGAAACAGGGUGGUGAGUUUCAGAGUUCCAGGUCACAAGAAGCAGCUCGUGCGGAUGUUUCAGCUCCUGCUGCAGAUAAAAGGAGGUAUGUUGAUGGCUAUAGCUCAGCUGGUUCCAGGAAUAGUUUGAAAGGAAAGAGGUCUCAUCGUUAUGACUCGGAAUUUGGGAGGAGCGGAUCUUGGUCAGAGAGAAGUAAAGGUUUUGAGGCCGAGACUGGUGAUGACUCUGUGUCUGGGCAUCGAGAAGAGCAAACACUUGCUGAAGAUAUUGCUAGCUCGGUUCAGAGGUCUGCCUCCGGUGAAUUUAUGAGAAAGCGUGAGGGAGCAGGUGAUUCCGAGUCUUUGUUGGACAAGUACAAUCUCCAGGAUGAGGCACAGUCUAAGACAGGUUCCUCGAGUGCUGGGAAAGAAAUAAUGCAGGAUUUUGAAAUCUCAAAAGUAUCUGAAGGUUCUUCUAGCUUGAGUGCUGGAUCAGGGGAGAUGAAAGGUAGGAGUGGUGGUAAUGGUGGAGAGAAUGAGAACCAGACUGCUAUUGAAGAUGCAUCUAUCCAUCAAGAUUGUGAAGAUGCAUCUAUCGAUCAACAUUGUGCUGCUGAUGAAUCAUUCACCAAGAGUGGUAUUGAUUUGGCAACGCUGUGUAAAUUUGAGAAGGUGCCUACGAGGACGCGCUCUUCCCUGACUGCGAAAGGCCCAAAGCUAUUUUUGAGUCAGAAAAUGAAGGAAACCUCUCAUAAUUCUGGACUUAUAGAAGAAGGUCAAACCGGAAAUCGAUGCGAGACUCGAGGCCAGUCAUCUGGAAAGGCCGAUAAUACUGGCGGUGAAAAUUUGAACGACCAAGUAGAAGAUUUGGCUCUUGUUCAAUUUGUUGAGAACAGUAAAUGUCUUAGGUCUAAGUCUUUCCCCAGUAGCAUUCUCAGUGACAAUAGUGAGAAAGAUUCAGGAUUAGAGUUGUCUAAUCUGCACAGAUCACAUUUGAUGGGGAAAGGAGGCGAGAAGCGUGGUGCUGAAGGCUGUGACUUGGAGGUGGGAGCAAAAAGGCAGAGAGCUUGGGUGCCUUUGCCAGUUUCUGAAGCCAAUGAACGCUUCAACAUAUCUAAAACAAGCGAACUUCAAUGCGAUCCUGAAGAAGAAGAAGAAAAGAAAAGCUCGUUCAACAGGAGACUGGUUGAUGGUGCUGUUGGAAAAAUGGCCAGCCAUGAAAAAUUGGUUAAUAACCCUACACGCAAUAGUAUUCACAAGGGAAAAUCAGGUCCUGGGUAUGCAGAAGAGCAUCAGCUGUUUCCUGCUUCGUUUAAGAUGUGUGACCUAAAUCUAGGGGGAGCAUCGGAUGUGAAGGAUGCCAAAAGGGAAUCCGGUCAAGCUGUUGAUUUUGAUCUCUCAAUCAACGGUUCUAGCAAGUCUCUUGAGUUCAGUACUAGUACUCGGAUGAGCAAUGGUAAAGAGAUAGAAGUGAUUGAUUUGGACAACGAUGAUUCCCCAGAAGUGGUCAAGUCCAGCAAUGAUCCCAGGAGAAAGCAAGAAGCUGCCCCAUAUAUGGGCAUCGAUGACGUUCCAGACUACAAUGAAGGGCUAAUGAUGGUAGAGUAUCUUGAUUCCUUUGGAAACAUUCCUCCAAUAAACCCGGGAAUCAGUACUGUGCCACAGAAUAACGACGUUGCUCUUCAAGACCGAGAGGGAGCUCUUGGAGAUGACCAAGUACCAAAUAAUACAGACGAUGAUUCGAUAUUCAUGUCGCUCGGAGAAAUACCAUUGACAUUCUUGCAAGCUUGGGACCAACCUCCGGCUCGAGGCUACGAGAAGCCUUUCUGAUUCGCCUUUUUUUGUGUGUUAAUUAUUAUGUCACUGUGUGUAGUGAGUGUGUAGCCAUUUCGUUUGUGCUAAUCCUCUCUGUCUCAGACACCCUUUACAUUUUUAAUAUUGUUUAACCUCUUGUAAUAUAACUUAAUGUUA